CACCGUCAUAUUCAAUACUUUGCUUCCCGUGAUUUUCUGCCCUCAUAUCAUGUACCUCUUCCUGAACUGUUGGAAUAUGGUCUUGAUAUUGAGGGUCUUGUUCGCAAUCUCGGGUGGGAUUUCAUGUUGCCUCUUCCUUUUCCCUCUAUGUUCUGUCCUGAGCCAGUUCGCUUGAUCUUUUCGAACUUUCUCUCUUCCAGUCUAGCUUCCCGGACCUUUUCCUCAGUUGUUUAUGGGUCUCUAUUUACCAUUCCUCUCGACCAGCUAGCUGCAUCUCUUAAUAUUCCUCGGGUCGGUGAAGCCCUGGCUGAUGAGUCGGAACUCCCUCUAUUCAAUUUUGAUUAUGCUGAGGAGUUUCAUGAUCUCAUGGGAGUGCACCCUGCUCCUGGCUCUCUAAUGCCUGUCUCAGCUCUCAUGCCUGCUCUUAGGAUGCUUCACUACUGUAUAACUCGUGUUUUCGUUCCUAGGGCAGAGCAGUUAGAUCUUGUUUUGCCGCUUGAUCUCUGGAUCAUAGCCCAUGCUGUCGAGGGUGUUCCGCUUGACUAUUCUCACCUGGUAUUUGGUACCUUUUAUCGCUUCAGUGACCCCUUGCUCACGGUACCUUUGCCCUUUGGUCCUCUUAUCACCAACUUGCUUCUUGGCAUCCAUGUGGAUGUCUCUGUUUUUCACUCUCUCUCUCCAUCCAUGUUUCCCUCUGCUCAUGACGUGAUGGAUGCGAUUGAGAUUCCGAAUGAAGGGGAGGAUGGUGGCGUAGUAUGGAUCAGCAGCAGUGAUAGCAGCAGCAGUAGCAGUGACAGUGACGAUGGCCCCAACCUUGAGCCAUUUGUAGAGGCUCUUCAGGCGCUGAUGGAAUAUGGAUCUUAAGACAAGGGUGAUUCUAAAGGGGAACGUUCUUAAAGUGCUGUGUUGUUGAAGGGGAGCGUUCUUGAAAUGGCUAUGGUGUUUGCCUGGAAGUUUUGUUCUUUUAUUGACGGAUUCCCUUGUGGAUUUUCUAUUGAAUGUUGGGUUUGCCUGUUGAACUUGUGUUUUCUGUUGAAUGUUGGGCAUGGUUGUUGAACUGGUGUUUUUGUUAAUAUUUUGCUGUUCGAACUUCUUGAUGCCUCUUGCCUCUUAGUACUGCUUCUGAUCUUAACAUUAUUAUGUCUAACUUUUGUGGUCGAGAACAAAGGUAAUCUGUUUUG